UCUCUCUCUCUCUCUCUCCAGCUUUCUCACAAAAACAAAAGCAAUCUUCCGCUCUCUCUCUCUGUCCAGCUUUCAAAACUACUUUCCCUUUCUUCCUCGCUCUCUCUCCUUUCUCUUUCUAAAGCUUCACAGGAAUCAAACUCCAAAACCCUGAAAGCCAGAAGCCCGAAUCCAGAAACCAAUCUGAAAAUCCUGAAAAUUUGAGCUCCAAACCCAGCAUUUUGCCCUCCUGCUUCCGCCGUUGAAAGAACCCAUCUUUCUGUUUCUUCUGCUGGGUAGGAAUAGCACCAGAUGGGUAAGCAGAAAAAGCAAAAAAACCCAGAAAAUUCUCCGAAUUUCAAACCCAAAAAACCCAGCUUUUUUGCUUCGUUCUUAAACCACUGUUAAACCCUCUUUCCAUUUUUGCUCUAAUUUGAGAAACAGUUCCCAAAAUGGCGAUUCAAAAACCCUUUUCCAAAAUCCAAAUCUUCCUUUUUCUGAUAGUUCUAGUCAAUGUGGCUGUUUUCGUCACCUCCAAGUCGACAAUCGAGCCCUGCUCGAAUGCCGACUCGUGCAGCGCCUUGCUCGGGUACACCGUCUACACCGAGCAAAAGGUCUCGGAGGUCGCCUCCCUCUUCCAGAUCGACCCAAUUGCUCUCCUCACCGCCAAUGCCAUCGACAUUUCGUACCCAGACGUCGAAAACCACAUCCUCCCCUCCCAGCUCUUCCUCAAAGUCCCAAUCACCUGCUCCUGCGUCGACGGGAUUCGAAAAUCGGUGUCUACCCACUACAAGACCCGGCCUUCCGACACUCUGGCCUCCAUUGCCGAUUCGGUGUACUCCGGCUUGGUCUCGGCGGACCAGAUUCGGGAGGCCAAUUCGAUUUCGGAUCCUUCGGUGCUCGACGUGGGGCAGACCCUUGUGGUGCCUCUGCCCUGCACGUGCUUCAAUGGGACUGAUAAUUUACUGCCUGCUAUGUACUUGUCUUACGUGGUGAGCCCGGAGGACACGCUAGCGGGGAUCGCGGCGCGGUACUCGACUACACUGACCGAUUUGAUGAAUGUGAAUGCCAUGGGGAGUACUGCUAUUAAGGCUGCUGAUAUACUUGCAAUCCCAUUGCCAGCCUGUGGAUCAAAAUUUCCUAAAUAUGCCCAAGAUUACGGCUUGAUGGUGCCCAAUGGUAGCUAUGCCAUUACAGCAAGUCACUGUUUGCAAUGCAGUUGUGGGCCUGGGAGUCUCAAUUUGUACUGCCAGCCUGCUUCAUUAGCAGUUUCAUGUUCGAGCAUGCAAUGUAAGAACAGUAACCUCAUGGUCGGGAAUGUUACAGUUCAGCAGAGUGGUGGUGGUUGCAAUGUCACUUCUUGUAACUAUGGUGGUUUUGUGAAUGGCAGCAUCAUCACAACAUUGUCUUCAUCUCUUCAGCCCCGUUGCCCAGGUCCACAGAAAUUUCCACCACUUAAAGCCCCGCCGACCUCGGUAAUCCAUGACACAAUGGUUGCACCUGCCUCUGCACCUGCACCCCAGUCAGAUGGUUCGAUUGGAGGGAUACCCAAGUCGCCUUCAGUGUACCCCGGAGUGCAUCCAGCAGGAUUAUCCCCAAUAGGUGGCCCUGCUGGGAGUGCUUCUGAUGCCUGCUCGUUGAUCAAUCCAUUGGCCAAUCUCCCAACCGCCGUUCUGCUACUUUUGUAUGUCAAGUUGAUGAUGGUCAUCUUAUAAUGAUUUCGGUACCCUGUUCUUCAUUGUUGCUUCAGCAUUGGACCAGUCGGAUUCUUGUAUUUAACCUUUUACUUAUUUGUAGCGUUUGAACUGGUUUGGUGGACGUGGCGAACCGUCAUUGGGGUGUUUGAAUAGUGAUGGGUUUUGUUCUUCUCAACUGUCAGAUUAUGCACCGUGAGGUAGUGGCCGUUGCCAUCUCUGUAAUCUAUUCUCGUUACCA